CUCGGUGUAACGCGCUCGCAGAUCCGGGGACAGGUGACUUUGUUUUUUUCCUUCACGGCUCGCAUUCAUGUGUGAUUACAGCCAGGAAUCCGAGGCCCUGGGAAUUCACUAAGCGAUGGGUACUUGAGUCGGGAUUUUGGUAUUCCAAUAUAAACUACGCGUAUCGGAGAACGUGCCUCAUAGCCAGGGGAUCGGGUGCCCCCCCCCCGCCACUGGAUCCCCGGCAGAUCGACACGCGAAACAGAUCACCGAUCGCGAAGAGGAUAUUACAAAAGCUUGCUUUGCAGAAUGGAGCCGGUUACAAAGUGGACACCAACUCAAGUAGUUGAGUGGAUGAAAGGCCUUGAUGAUGCUCUGCAGCCGUAUAUUCACAAUGUGGAGAGAGAAAAGAUAAAUGGGGAACAGCUACUGCAGAUAUCUCACCAGGAUCUGGAAGAACUUGGAGUCACUCGGAUUGGACAUCAGGAACUUGUUCUUGAGGCCGUUGAUCUUCUCUGUGCCUUGAAUUAUGGUCUCGAAACGGACAACAUGAAGAAUCUGGUGUUAAAACUGCGAUCAGCUUCUAAUAACCUUCAAAAUUACGUUGGAAAUAGAAGGAGAAGUGCCUCUUAUGAUGGAAAUACUGCCAGCAAGCCUCCCAAUGAAUUUCUUACCUCUGUCGUAGAUCUUAUUGGCUCAGCCAAAGCUUUGUUAGCAUGGUUGGAUAGGACACCAUUUGCAGGCAUUACCGACUUCUCUGCAACAAAGAACAAGAUCAUUCAGCUGUGCUUGGAUCUGACCACCACGGUUCAGCAGGAAUCCUCUGUGGCUGAAAUGGAAGAUGCUGUCUUAAAUGUUUCUAAAGUGCUAAAUGGGAUAUGUGACAAGACAAUCAAAUUUACCACAGACCCUCUCACAAGUCAGUGUGCCUGCCUGGAAGAGGUUCAGUUAACCAAUAUUAAACCAGGAGAAGGGCUGGGAAUGUAUAUUAAAUCCACAUAUGAUGGGCUACAUGUUAUUACAGGAACCACAGAAAAUUCUCCAGCUGAUUCGUCCCGGAAGAUUCAUGCAGGCGAUGAAGUCAUACAAGUUAAUAAUCAGACAGUGGUUGGGUGGCAAUUAAGGAACCUUGUAGCAAGGCUGAGAGAGAAUUCUUGUGAAGUGAAAUUAGUUCUGAAAAAGAGACCAACGGGUACUUUUAAUUUUACACCAGCACCUUUGAAGAACCUGAGAUGGAGACCUCCACUUGUACAGACAAGUCCUCCACCAACCACAACUCAGUCACCUGAAAGUACAUUAGACAAUUCACUGAAAAAAGAGAAACCUGCAAUCCUGGACCUUUAUAUCCCACCACCACCUAAUGUCCCUUACUCCCCUCGAAAUGAGAAGGGGACUUUUGGAUACAGUGGCGCUUACACAGAUAUACGUCAGUUUCCUGGACCAAAGGGUUCAGAGUCUCCUAACUCUUUCCUUGACCAUGAGAGCCGCAGGCGACGUUUUACCAUCGCCGACUCUGAUCAAUUACCUGCAUAUCCAUUAGAAGUAAACGUGCAGCCCGCAAAACUUAGAGAUAAAACUCCUAUGUAUGGCAAGCCACGACCCUUAUCAAUGCCUGCAGAAGCAAGCUGGAUGGUGACUGCCGAAAGCUAUUCCAGGCACAGAGUUACAGGAAAGAAAGGUGAUGAGGCUUUGUCCAGAUAUUUCAGUAAUGAACGAAUAGCACCAAUUAUUGAAGAGAGUGUAUCUUCCCGAAAUUAUUUUGCCAGAUCAACAACUGACAGACAGCUGGUGAGAGGUGCAGACUAUAUAAGAGGUAGCCGUGGUCUUAUAAACAUGGACCUUCACAACAGCGCCACCAUGCCAUACCAGGAAGAAGGUGCCAAAAAACACACUACCCACUCCUCUUCAAAGAACACCACAACAGAGCAAUCACUGCUGGUCAGCUGGUUUACAAAGCUAAAACUCUUGACUCGUUGACGUUUUUCUUCUAUAGACUGUUACCUCUCUGUGCCUUGGUUCCUUCAGUAGCAGUAUUAUGUGAAUUCCACACAGAUGCACACGGUACCUCCUGCUUCCUCGACAUGGCCGCUCAAGGAGAACAUUAGUUCAGAUGGACCGGUUUUAUGUUAGCUCGUGGCUGUUGAGCAUAAUGUAUCCAAAAAUAUCUGAGCUGGUAAAGGAAGAUGCAGAUCACUGAUAUUGCACCAAGAAAAAUGGUUGUUUUCUAUGCACAUACCUUUUUGUUUUUUUUUUACUUGUUACACCAGUUCUAAUCUGUUUAGAUAUUAUGUGCAUGUAAAUGUUACACACAUUUUGUGUAUCAGCUAUGUAAAACUGCACAAAAUAAGUAAUUUAUUUUCAUCUACUUUGUCAGGCUAUUUACCAAAGGAUCAUUUUUAUUUAAAUGUAAUUUUAGGAUGUAUAUUUCAGUUUCUAUGUACUUGUGUACUCAAGCUUUCCAAUUGAUUAUCAUCAUGUUUGAUAAUGAAACAUUUCAGUUGUAUUUGUUCUGAAAGUUCUUAUAUCUGCUUAAAUUGUUGUAUGGGGAAAAACUCAUACCAAGAGUUACAAUAGAGAUCUUACCUAUAGGUUGAAUGUACAGGACUAGCAAAAAG